CCAUCGCGCAACCACACCACCUGCAACGGCGGCGACAGGUCACGGAGGCCAUGCAGCCACUCUUGUCGGCCCAAGGUGAACGCGCAACGUUGCAACUUCACGAAAUGUCCACGCCCAAUGCCAGCAAAUCGAAAGGCCAAGCUUAUACUCGUCAAGUGCACACAAAACCAUCGCACUUGGCUAGUCCGCAGCCCAUCCUUGUGGCGUCAACAAUGUACAAAAUGGAAGCCCCUCCAUCGUUCCUCAAACACACCAACCAAACCCCCGGGCACAUAGACACUCCAGCUCACACCGCAUCGCAUCCGCUUCCAAAGGAGGAAUAUUCACACAAAUACCACGCUGGGCCUGCGGGGGAUGCGCCGUCGCCGUUCUCGUUUGUGGGGGCCACCCUCCCCAUAGUCAACCGUGUCGACUGUGCUGGAGACGGUAAAGGGUGUUCCAAAGGGGGCGCCCGAAAGGCAACUCCCAGGAAUGCUGCCACUUCUGGGAACGUAGCCCACUUUCGCCUCACCGACCAACCCCGGACACCGGCAACGGUAGCCAUUCUGCAUAUGACCAAACCCAGUAUCCUUAACGCCCCCACCACCGUGCAUCGACCGACUCGAAAGGGCCGGGGAGACGAUGCCAAUCAGUUCAACAGUAUUGUGCAAGGUGGAAGGCCGCCAUCCCGAGCCAUUCCAAGUCAAAGUACUUCAAUCCCUUUAUCUCCCACUGGGCAUAAGACCCCCACCAGAACAACGCGUGGACUUGAACCAAGCAACCAAGACGAUACCGCAUUUUCAGCGACGAUGCAGCGCAAAUCCAGCAUGAGCGACAUUGAAAUCGUAGACUUGGGCGAUUUUUCGUCCAAGGUGGUUUUUCGAACGAAGCAGGGCGACAGUGGCGGGGGCUGGCGGGGGGACAUCGAAGUGGCCGCCUUUCAAGCAGACUUUGGGUCGUGGGCUGACAUGGACGAUAGCAGGGUAGAAUACUAGCCAACAUAAUAAUACUUGGUGCUAAACAAGCUAAACAACGUG